AACAACGACAAUGGUGACAACACUGACAAAAGGAACAACGGUAACAAUAGUGACAACAGGAUCAACGGUGACAAAAGUGACAACAGCGACAAUGGUGACAACAGUCACGACGGUGACAACGGUGACAAUAGUGACAAUGGUGACAAAGGUGACAAUGGUGACAACGGUGACAACUGUGAAAACAGUGACAACGGUGACAACGGUGACAACAGCGACAAUGGUGACAACAGUUUCAACGGUGACAAUGAUAACAACAGCGACAACGGUGACAAUGGUGACAACAGUGACGACGGUGACAACGGUGACAAUAGUGACAAUGGUGACAAAGGUGACAACUGUGACAACAGUGACAACGGUGACAACGGUGACAACAGCGACAACGGUGACAACAGUGACAACAGUGACAACGGUGAGAAUGGUGAGAACAGCGACAACGGUGACAAGUGACAAUAGCGACAAUGGUGACAACAGCGAAAACGGUGUCAAAAGUGACAACGGUGAGAACAGUGACAACUGUGAAAACAGUGAAAACGGUGACAACUGUGUCAAAAGUGACGACGGUGACAACGGUGUCAAAAGUGACGACGGUGACAAUGGUGGUAAACCAACAACAGUGACAACGGUGACAACGGUGACAACACUGACAAUGGUGACAACAGAAACAACGGUGACAACGGUGACAAAAUUGAAAACAGCGACAAUGGUGACAACAGUGACAACGGUGACAACAUUGACAACACUGACAACAGUGACAAUAGUAAAAACGGUGACGACGGUAACGACCGUGACAACAGUGACAACGGUGAGAACCAUGAAUACAGUGAAAACUGUGACAACAGAGACAACGGUGAAAACACUGACAACGGUGACAACCAUGACAACAGUGAAAACGGUGACACCAGUGGCAAUGGUGACAACAGCGACAACGGUGAGAACAGUGACGACGGUGACCACGGUGACAAUGGUGACAACAGCGACAACGGUGACAACAGUGACGACGGUGACAACCGUGACAAGAGUGACAACGGUGACAAUGGUAACAACUGUGACAAAAGUGACAAUGGUGACAACACAGACGAUGGUGACAACGGUGACAAGAGUGACAACAUUGACAACCAUCACAAGGGUGACAACAGUGACAACAAUGACAGCAGCGACAACAGUGACAACGGUGAAAACAUUGACCACACUGAUAACAGCGACAACGGUGACAACACUGACAAUGGUGGUAACUGUGACAACAGUGACAACGGUGACAACAGUGAUGACGCUGGCAACCGCGANAACAGUGAUGACGGUGGCAACCGCGACAAUGGUGACAACUGUGACAACAGUGACAACAGCGACAACGGUGACAAUAGGGACAGCAGCGACAACAGUGAAAACAGCCACAAUGGUGACAACAGUGACAAUGGUGACAACAUUGAAAACAGUGACAACAGUGACGACGGUCACAAUGGUGACAACACUGACAACCGUAACAGCCGUGACAACGGUCACAUCAGCGACAACAGUGACAAUGUUGACAACAGGAACAAAGGUGACAACAGUGACGGCGGUGACAACAGUGACAACAGUAACAACGGUGACAACAGUGACGACGGUGGCAACUGUCACAACCGUGAGAACGGUGACAACAGUAAUAAGGAUGACAACAGCGACAAUGGUGACAACACUGACAACAGCGACAACGGUGACAACAGUGACGACGGUGACAACCGUGACAACAGUGACAACGGUGACAACGGUGACAAUGGUAACAACUGUGACAAAAGUGACAAUGGUGACAACAGUGACAAUACGGAGAUAAGGGGCAACGGUGAAAACAGUGCCAACAGUGACAACAGUGCCAACAGUGACAACAGUUACAACGGUGACAAUGGUGACAACAGGAACAAUGGUGACAAAAGUGACAACAGCGACAAUGGUUACAACAGUGACAACAGUCACAACAGUCACAACGGUGACAACAGUGACGACAGUGACAACAUUGAAAACUGUGACAACAGUGAAGACGGUGACAACGGUGACAGCAGGGACAACAGUGACAAUAGUGACGACGGUGGCAAUGGUGACAACAUUGAAAACGGUGACAACGGUGACGACAGCGACAAUGGUGACAAUGCUGACAACAGGGACAUUGGUGACACUGGUGACAACAGGGACAACGGUGACCAUAGUGACAACAGCAACAAUGGCGACAACACUGACAACUUCGACAACGGUGACAACAGUGACGACGGUGACAACCGUUUCAACAGUGACAACAGUGACAACAACGACAAUAGUGACAAAAGUGACGACUGUGACAACCUUGAGAACUGUGACAAUAGUGACAACAGUGAAAACGAUGACAACUGUGACAACAGUGACAAUGGUGACAACAGAGAUGACGGUGACAACCGUGACAACGGUGACAACAGUGACAAUAGUGACAACGGUGACAACAACGACAAUAAUGACAACACUUACAACAGCAACAACAGUGACAACAGUUACAACGGUGACAACCGUGACAACGGUGAGAAUAGUGACAAAAGUGACAACGGUGACAACAGUGACAAUGUUGACAACAGUGACAACGGUGACAACGGUGACAAUGGCGACAACAGGGACAACAGUGACAACUGUGACAACGGUGACAGCUGGAAAACAGUGACAAUGGUAGUAAACAGACAACAGUGACAACCAUGACAACAGCGACUACAGUAACAGCGGUCACAAAUGCAACAAUAGCGACAAUGGUGACAACAGAGAUAACACUGACAACGGUGACAACAGUGACGACGAUGACAAUUGUGUCAACAGUGACAACAGUAACUACAGUGACGACAGUGACAACCAUUACAACAGUGACGACGGUGAGAACAGUGACAACAGGGACGACGGUGACAAACGUGACAUUUGUGACA